AUGACUGAUGUUGAAGUUCAACUGGAGCAUCCACACGAGAGGGAGCGAACUGCCGCACGCGACACUGUGAAUCUGCGAUUAGAGAGGAUAUGCGCAGCCGCUGACAACCCGAGCUCCCAAGAAGCUAUAUUGUGGAGUGUUGUGGCUCUGUGCGUUGCCAAAAAGAAACUGUUGUUGAAGAAAAGACGUAAAAGGGAAUGGUGCAAGCUGUGGCUUUCCAGACGACCUGUGAGAGGGAGCUACAACCAGAUAUUCUCAGAACUACAGUCAGAAAACUCGUCAGACUUUGAAAAUUAUACAAGAAUGCCAGUCAUCGCAUUCCACGCUCUGCUGACGAAAAUCAAGCCAGACAUUGAAAAAGAAGAUACACACGUACGAGAGAGUAUAUCGCCAGGAGCUCGUUUUGAAGCUACUCGACGAUUCCUUGCAGCGGGAGGGUCAUAUGCAAGUUUACAACAUUCCACCAGGAUAUCUAAGCAGAGCCUCGGCAGUAUCAUACCCGAAACCUGUGAAGCCAUCUACAAUGUUCUCAAGGAGGAUUACCUGAAGGUACUUGCUGAGCGACCACUUUGCCCUGGAGACGACCCUCCCGGUGCAGUCCGCCCCAGCAGUGCCCAGGAAGCGCUUGACGGUGCCAUUAUCCAGGAUGGUGGGCCUCGUCGUCCAUGUGGUGGCACGGUACACUGCCAUGAAGGGUUCCUUUGCUGAUGCAGAAGCACUGUACAACGAACUCCUGCACAACAUCGAGGGGUUCAUCACGACUCCAAGGGUUCUGGCAAGGGCCUGUGGCGGCCGAGCGCCACAGACAUGAUCACGAGGCCCGGGUCGGGAGCCACGCUGGACGGUGAUUGGCGCUUCCUGCCGUUGCGCGAUCCGGAAGCAUGCAGACGUGGAAGUAGCACGGCCUACCCGGGAUCGGAUCACGGAGCACAUGGCAGGGGACCAUGCUGUAUGCUGAUUGGUCGCUGACGUAUGUACUUGAUCCAGGCAAAGUUUAUGAAUAGGGGUAUUUGUAUCCAAUAAACCAGAUCACUCUGAGCAAUCAUCGUGUUUACUUCUC